AUGGAUUGGCUCUCAUGGCUGUCCAAAACCACCCUCGACCCAUCCCUGGUCUGCGAAUACGGCCUCACCUUUGAGCAGAACCAGCUCGAAGCCGACGAUUUGCCCUACUUCAACCACGAAUUCCUCCAGAGCAUGGGGAUUUCAGUGGCCAAGCACCGCCUGGAGAUUCUCAAGCUGGCCACCAAAGAAACCGGUCCGACCAGAGGCUCGGCCAGCACUACUGGGUUCUCCAAAUUGGUUUCCGCAAUUGCCCGAACGAGGAAGAGCAUCAGGAAGCGCAUUUCCAAAUUGGUCUCCCCUUCCGGCGAACGGGAAGAAAGGGUACCACCCGCCGUGCCGGAGCUGGAGUGGAGGGCGGCGGCGGCGUUGACUCCGCCGCCGCAGCUGCCGGUGCUGAAGAGGAGGCAGGCGAAAUCCGGGCCGUUGGAUUUCAAGAGGGUGCAGCAGGAAGGGCUGGUGUACUCCAAGUCGAAGAGCAGCUUGAAGCUGUCUGGGCCGCUGGACGGGAAGGCCCACGAAAGGCUGGUGUUUGCUUACCGGAGCCCGAAGAUUUGCGCGACUCCUCCUCCGGCGGAUGGGGUUCUGUUGGGCCAGGUGAGUCCGCGGAUGGGCGUGGCGAGGCCCAUGGAGGCGAGGCGGUCCAGCCCAAUGGUUCGGAGUGGGAAUGGGACUCCUAGAGGUGGGAGGAAUUAUUACGGCGUCCGCCCCGACCUCAUCGACUCCAUCGUCGCUCACUACGCCUCCAAGUGGCUCCCGGAGCUCUCCCUCUCCUCCUCCUCCUCCGUCGAUGUCGACAACAGCGUCCCCGCCGCGGCCGCGGCCGGCUCGGAAGAGAGCAUGAUAACAAAGCAGUUACAGCCUUGCUGA